AUGUCAUCGUCCGAUGCAGAAUGUCUCUUUGAGCAAGUAGAGAAGAAAAGAAAGAUAGUGCGAUUUGCGGACAUGGAAGGGAAAGAAUUGUACGAGACAUUUUUCAUUGCUCGCCUAUCGAAAAGUAAAUAUAUUGAAAGAAAGUGCAGGAAAGAGAAGACGAAGCAAAAAGAAACACUGCCAUUAGUUCACUGGAAUAAUUGUUACAUUCAGGAGAGACUGAGGGAACACUUUGUCACCUUAGAGAGCUUUGCUACAACAAAUAACGGAAUAAUUGGAAUGAUUGCAGUCACAAACAUUGCAUAUGCUAAAGACGUUUCUGUUGCGUAUUCUUUUGAUGACUGGAGCACUGCUUUUCCAACUAAGGCCUCUUUCCAUAGACACGAUGAAGCAAACAAUAUUGACUUCUUUUUCUUUGCUAUUUCGAAAAAAGCUCAUACGGUAGAUCCAAAAUGGCAAAUAAGCUUUGCUAUCUGCUACAAAGUGCGUGGCUGUGAAUUUUGGGAUAACAACAACGGAAAUAACUACAUUGUGACGUCACAUUGA